AUGUCCUGUGUGCGAACGAUUAGCCGUCAAGCGGCGAAGAACUUAGUCUCGGGAUGGUUAAGCAAUGAAGCCGUUUUUAAUUUUUCCGGACUUUUUAUCGAUGCGCCGCAGUCAACACUUGUAAUUCAAGCAAAGGCUCCAGGUAGGCAGCUUUUUAGGUUCUCAUACAUAUGAAUGUAUGCAUGCAUGUACAUGUACAUAUAUUUAAUGUUAUUCAUUCCGUGGGAUGUAGCAUAAACUAUUUCUGAUUGCACAUAACCAUUCUUGUCCCGUUGAUUAUUGUCCUUAGGUUACAUUUGGUUCGCGUUUUCGGAACACCGUAUUCCGCCGCAGUAGUUGGUUAACAGCGUGUUAAUGCAUAAGUGCAGCUUAUCUUAUAUGGGUGCAAGUCUCUGUUUGCUUCUCUUUCACCUAUACUUGCUUUAUUCAGAAAUAAACAGCCUUCUGGUCCCUCGUGCACUCAGACAUGAUCGCUUUUGAUAACAAAACGUGCCGCCCGUGGUCUUCUGGACCCAUUCGGACUGGCCAGAGUUUUGAUAUUAUAACUUCGUCGUCGUUCCCAAGUGCCGGAGGGCCUUGGUGAUGCACAUAAGAUCCAAGAUCUUUCCGUGCUGGAUGUCUUCCAUGCAUUGCUUAGCGUGCCGUUGCGCUUGUCACUCGGGAGCCUGAAUUACUUCAAGCUUCUAACACCGUCAUGUACAGGCUGUGACUGCCAUCCCACAAGCUCCACUUCGCCUGGCCACUUAGACUAACCUAAUAGCCCCUUACCUGUGGGAUCUGGCGUCCUUAGUCCACUUCACUUGCUCCGCACUCCGUUCUCGCUAUCCCGCCUUAUUUGACAUAGGAGCUGACGCGUAACCAGUGUGCAGAGUCAGUUCGUUAACAAUACAUUGCUAAUUGUCGAUGUAAUUUUUAAAUCAGUAGCUGUCUUUACCACCUAGGGACCUUUCCGCCGGAUAUAAGUACAUGAGAUUUCUUCUCGUCUUCUAAAUGCAUUACACACCCUAGUAUACACCCUUCCACACGUGCCGCCGUCAUCCAUACGCCUUAACUGUGACGAUAACAGGACCGAAAACUUUCACCUUGCAAAAACUUAAACAACACGAUUGUUUCAAUUACCCAUCGCAACACAGCCUAACUUUUUUUCUUUUAGGAAUCGUUGCUGGAUUCCCAUUUAUUGAAGCGUUAGCGCAAGAAAUGGGCUGUCAAGUUCAGUGGCAUGUGCAAGAAGGAGCAGCUUUAACAACGAGUUUCACUAAAGUUGCGUCUAUCUCGGGCCCCACCGAGGAGAUUAUUCACGGGGAGCAGCUGAUAAAGUCGAUAUUGUCUCGAGCAUCCGGGAUUGCCACAUUUGCGGCCAAGUAAUUUCGUUAAUUAUUCUAAUGUAUGGCAGACUUAAAAAAUUGCUAAAGGAUUUCUCGUGGAAAGGUGAACUUGUCUCGCCUCCAAACCCAACACCCGGAUUUGCAUUGGUAGAAGAAUAUGCCAUGCUUGUCGCUGGCGUCCCUACCCCAAGAUGUAGCUCUUCCGUGCUUCUACAGUGCUCGCAUCUAAACACACCAGGAGACCUUAAAGAAGCCAUAAAUAAUUUAAAAAGUAAGGCAGGCAAGGGCACCCAGGUAAAAGUGGAAUGCGCGUCACUCAGUGAAGCGAAAAGUGCUGUGGAGGCCGGCGCCAAUGUAAUACGCUUCGACGGGCUGAAUGCCAAGGUUAGUCAUUGCUAUCUUGCUUAUAUUUCCUAGGACUUGAGUAACUUCUCCGCACAAAUCAAGUCAAUGGCACCCACUGUGCUUAUCGAAGCGUUAGCAAAUUUCGACGAAACUACUCUUCGUCCAUUCGCCUUGCAAAACGUGGAUUCGCUGACGACCCGCAAACUCUGCAACGGAUACCCGCUUUUGGACUUCAAACUCACAUAUGCGGCCUUUGAUGGACUAGACUCCACCGUCGUCACAUCUAGCCUUAAACGCGCUGCACCCGGUACGUGCCAUUUUCAAGGUUGCAUUAACACUGCUCCAUAAACACGGUUCUACGACACAGAUCGUGAGAACAGCGUCUGGGCUGUCGCGCGAUAUUCUCGAAACUCGCGGUUCCUUAUGUCCAGGGUGGUUAAUAUGCGUUUGUUCGCCUCUAGACCAGAUCUAGGUGGUUUUUAGUAUGUUUGAGUAGUCGACCCAGGUCUCUGGCUUCUGAAUCAGUCGCUGUGCUUGUGAGGACGAGAGCAGACAUCCUUAUGUUUUCCGCUGGGCUCAUCGGAACCCGAACAUGAGCAGUCUCAAGUUCAUUUGGCAUUCAGCUAAAUCACGGUAAUCCAGCCAGUUUUCUAUUACAUGCGCGAGUAUUCCUGGCCCCCGGGCUUCGAAAAUGUAGCCGUUUAUCAUGGUUUCCAGCCAUCACCGAUGGCUACUUUAUAAUUUGGAGAGGAUGAUAUAAGUAGUAGUGCCUCACCUUGCUGUGGAGUGAAACCCUCCUGCUAUAUCAUUGCGAAAUUUACGACCAAAACCUGUAUCAGCCAUUGCGUUCAAAGCAUAUGACUCCCUAUAGGAGCACUGGGAAUCCACGUCUACAUUCUCUUUUCCCUGUAGUCAUUUCCGAAACAUCACUUCCAUUGAACACCAGUCGGGUCUGCUAAAGUCAGGCGUUUUACACCGGGUUGCCACAAACCGCCAUGAUGCCGGUUGGACCUGUACUAGUUGUCACUGUUACUUGCGGAAUUAGUAUUGCUACUUUCUGCGACUUCGAUCAUGUCUGAUCUAGCCGGUAUCCACUUCAAUGGUGUAAUUGCGUAAUACUCUGCACGGGCGUAUAUCAAACAACCGCACGGAUUGGCUGUAUGGAGUUGCCUGUCCUUGCGGUUUGGGUCUUGUGAACAUAACCUCAAGCCAUUGGCGGCGAGUAAACCUAUUUGCUGGUGGUUUAGUCGCUAGAUCAUUGCCGUCAUCAUGCUUUGUGAUACUUUAUGGGCCAGUCGAUGAGCCAGAUUUCAAUUUUCUGAGUCCUGACAGCGCAUUCGCGGUUAGUUCACAAUUGUUCAUUCGCCAGACAUAAGUUCGUUUUUCACCCAACAUUCGUGAAAGCUUUUCCUCCAUCCGUCACCUAUGGGCGUGCCGAGUAACCAGCCGCCAGGCUAACAGUCAAACCCGUCUUCCUGGAGGUAGUCGGUAGUGCACAUGGCAUGUGAUUUGCCCGGCGUAUAGUUAAGGGACAAGGGCAAUGAACAGCCAUCUAUCCGGCAAGUGCCAAACUGUCUGUGGAAACAGCCCGCUCUCCGAUAUAUCCUACUUAUGGGCCGUACAGCUUUUCGAGGGCGACAAGAGAUGAGGAACCCCAGUAUGCAAAGCCAAACUCCAUUAACCGGCUCGAGUUUUACAGUCUAGAACUACAGUCAUGGUCACGAAUCCCAUGAAUCGGCACGGUGGUCAAUAGUGCGGUCUGGUAAACGAGCUGAACCCGGUCUUUGCUUCUAUAGCACCUUUAUCAACGCUUUUUCCUGUGUUUCUCUGUAUUUUCCUUCAUUCACUGACGACAAAACCUGUUAUUCAUCUUACCAGAGACAGCCCACCCGAAUUCGAGAUACAUAACGUGAUCCGACUGGCACGGCCGCGUAUCCUGCGGCUCUAUCGCCUCAUGCUUCACGGGGAUCGUACACAACCAGAAGUCCAGUCGUUAUGUCCUAUGAUGAUGACAUCUUAUUCAAAAUUUUGUCACCAUCAUUUAACCUACACAUUUAGGCUAAAGGCGCAUUAAAACUAGUGACUUUGAAGAUUGCUGACCGUCGGAGCGGACUACGAUCGCUUCGUAAUGUCGAUCAUAACGGUUCUUAAAAAUACGAAUAUCUGACAAGCCUCAUUCAGUUGGUUUGGGUCCUACGCACAUGUGAUGCACUCGAGACAAUUAAUUUCUAUGCCCCAACAUAUCAAAUUGUCUUGCCGCAGGAACACAGGCGGAGUUGAUGAGAAAGCUAAGUGCUGCACAAUUCGUCGCCGUAGUCCGAUUCACGAGCAAGUCAGUUUGUAAUGGUUCUUGUUGAUCAAGCUAGGCGAACUGUCCCCAAAACAAGCGAGAUCCGGUAUCCGUUUGAAUUCAUUUUAGGGCUAAGCGAUUUUCAAGUCAGACAGCCGUUGACGUUAGUCUUCGGUCGUGUGCCUAUCUUUUGUAAGUCAUCCGACGUUCGUACUGUUAGUCGUGGAAGAAUAAUGGGUCGAAUACAAGCGAAUAUUCGACUUAUGCCUGUGUCCUAGGGGUGUAGACAGUUACAGCCAUGGUCUAUCUCCUUGCUUCCUAAAUAUCAUGCUACGCCCUCGAUACGGGUUAAUUUAGUCCACGCAUUAUACUAUUAACGCCUUCUUGUCCACAGAACAGGUAAUGAUUUUUGUUGCAUCCUUUUAAAGGUUGUAGACUGGUACACACCAAUUUAAGCAAAGAUACACUUCGCAGAAAAUCAAUGGGAGGAAGAAAACAGAAAUUGCCUUUCGGUUAUCCUGCCUUCGAGCGCACGCAAACAAGAAAUGUUAGCGCGCACCUUGGUACUUAAGGAUCCCGCCGACCAUAUUUAUUCAUUACUGGUCCUCGGGGUCGUCCACUCAGGCCCCGCAGUAGUUGGCGUGAUUAUCGUGUCGGCGACGACCAUUCCCCCAUAGGGUCGGUGUCGGGCGUCCCAAUGGAACGAGUUGCCAACGGAAAUAACCCCUUUUUAUCGCUUAGCUGAAAAUCCCUCGAGAAAUGCCUCCCAACGUCAUGUUUUGGGGGAAGAACAUUCAUCCAUUGACGCGAAGGGUUAUAUUGGCAAAUUACUUAAAUGCGGACAGAUUCCGCUUCAAGCAUCCUAUUGAUUUCUGUUUAAAAAUUUCCCUUUCGCGGAUGCUUCAGCUGAUUCUUACUGGUCAUUCGACGCGAACGCUCAUUCUGCACUGGGUUUAUGAUUUGGCAGCUUGCCUUUUCAGAGUUCUUUAGGAUAGUAAGUGUUAGUUUUAGGUCGGGCUUCGGUCUUAGCACUACAAAGUAAGUGAAUUCUACAUGCAAAAGUCGACAGGGAAUAUGGGAGCUGUCGCUCACGGUCACAAAGUGACUAUCCUACCACUAGAUCAGAAUGCUACCAUUGAGUGCUGUCGAAGGACCUGUCCGACUGCUAUAAUUGUCCUUGAAAGACGACGUACAUUAAAAUCAAGAAUCAGACGGACAGAGGAUGCUGCUUACAAACCAAAAGAAUAGCGAACGGUAAGCAGAUACGAGGGAAUAUGUACACCGAUAAAUUUCUGGAUUAAAGACCGGGUAAUAAGAACCUAAGCACCCAUUGUGCGUUAAUUCUCGAAUUCCCAACAAGUAAGGUCCUAAUUUACAGAAUUCGGAGAAAGCUUGACGUAAGAUUUGCAUCAAGAUAGAACUGUCUUACGGAGUUUCAGCCACAGCCUUAAAACAAUGAAACGAUUUUUAACCAUUGGGCCCUGUAAGAUUUUCCUCUGACCACCCUGAGAUAGUGUAAGUGCACUUUUAAAUCUCAAGGCCACAAUCAUCUUCGUUGAGAUAAAAAGCACCAAAGAAUGGGGAUGUUUUCGGCCUGUAAUUCACAGACAAAUCUGAGCUCUUUAGUGGAAUCCAGGAGUACAGGGCCGAUAUCUUUCAGCAAAUUGCUUUUAGGAGAAGCUAUGAAGUGGAACGUAUGCUAAAAACUCCAUGGAAGCUCGUUCUGUUCUCUCGAGAAACUUCAUAUUGUAGCCUCGACAAGCAUCUUUCGAUGCGCUCACUGAGCGUCGUUUUUGUGGGUGCUUAGUUCAUGGGAAGUAGGUCAAUGCUUAGAGAGAAGCAAACUAGUUGAUUGUGUUAUAGGCGGUUUCGAGGGUUACGUGCUUGAGUGAAAUGCCUCCUUCGGGCAAUUUUUGAUCUAUAAACACGUUUGCAGUGGGGUCGGAGGUGUUCGUGCCUUGUUUGUCUAGCCGUCGAUUUAGAUUUCCCCUGUUGCUCUCGUAAACGAUAAUUCUGAACAUGCGGCCGCAUCUCCAAGAAGCGUAUGCAACAGGCAUCCACACAGAUGCUAUUUAGCAUUUUGAAUUGACACAUCAAAGGAGAAGCGGUAACACAACAGUGCAGUUGCUACCAUGCUUCAUUUCCUUGGACUGUGUCCGACCCCCUGGGCUUUUGUGAUUAUGAUUAAGGCAUCCAUCGCGAAUUUUUUCCGCCAUGUUUUGCAACCUACUUCACAUCUUUGUUUAAUGACGAACUGAUCCUCAUAAUCUGAAUUGGUCAAAGAAGGUUACCAGGGUAUUUGGUCACGCGAUCGCUCGCACCCAGUUCCUAAAAGUUUUAAUAGUGCUGUUUGAUGGAGCUCUUGUGCCGCAGUUGCAUUUUUACAAGCCAACAGAACUUGUUAUCUUCAGGCACAAAAACACUAUGUUUGCGAUAGGCAUGGCAGUGGAAUAGAGAAAACCAAAAAUUAUAACGAAAAUACGCGGAACGUUACCGUGUUACAUUGCCUUCAAAUCCUUAACGCAGGUACUUGUAGCUGCGUUUUUGUGCUGCAAAAUUUAUUGGUAGUCAAUCGCUACAUCGGUACAGUCGACUACUCCGCUCCUUGGCAGGGAUUAAAUAAUCAGAGGCUAUCGGUUGCUCAUUACUUGCAAAACUUCGGCUUAACUGACAAUUUUCGUUAGACGUUUAGGUGGACAUAAUGAGUCUAUUAUCUGUUGAUUUUACGCUCCCUCAACAUACAGUGUGUGCACGACCGUGCCAAAUCAAGUCCUUAAUGAUGUCUAGUGACAGCUUUAGAUAAGUACGCAACAACCAGAGACCAGCGGUCGUCAGACUGGUGAUUGCAGUAUCAUAGUUCAACGCAAUUACUCCCGGUGGAACCCACUUUGUUUGAACAGCCAAAAGGUCAGAAAAUUAAGCGUGCCUGGCGGGUGUAGCACUUCACCAACUGUCAUCGUUCCCCCUUCGAUGAGACCUGCACUUUUGCAUGGUUAGUUCUUAUAGUGUUUAUUAACCAAAUGCCAUGGUCCGAAAACAAUUCACCGUUUCUGCUUUAGCUGGACGCUCGGUUUGCUAUUGGGCAGAAAGUGGCGGCUCUCGAGGCCCUUGACCUCCUCAGGUUCAGCCGUAUCUCGCUAACCACGGUUCUCUAAUCGUCCAAAAGCCAUGCUUAACUUAAUUAGCAGCACAAUUCGUGGGGCGGUCAGGAGGGGAUGAACUCCUGUAACUCGUGGAUUCAGAGGUGGAUGUUUCUAACCGCCCCUCUAACACACCACUAAGGUUCCGAGAUUUUGUUGGACGGCGGGCAGUAUCCGCCGUAGUGUCUUUGCCUUAUGUAACCUUUUUGUGGGUAACCAGUUUGCUAGAUAACUAACCAAUCACACUUCUAGGCACUACAGCUGCAUGGUCUUCUUUUUUAGCCUGCUCAUCUUGCAGCUAGUUUUAGCUGAAGCCAGUUCCACUAUCCACCACGCGUGGUCGCUCGCAGCUAGGCCUGCAGGCUGUCCUCGUCCUGUCGAGUACCUAUUGUAUCGGGUUCGUGUUUCGGUUGUCGAUCGCGGUGGCACCUUUGUGUUCAACCGUCCAAUUGGAACUCACAUUUAGAGCCGUGGUGUCCUAUAUCCGAAUUGUGUUGCUGAUCCCUGUUCUUAUUUGGGCUCACCAGUUGUUCAGAAUUUUGAUUGUUUAUGUGCUGAUAGUUAGAUGCCGUUAUAAGGUUGCAUGGCGUACCGAAUCACUGAUCCUGAUACACUGGCAGCUAACAAUGCUCCAUUACCGAGUAAGGGAAGACCGGUCCAGGAAAUCAGCCGAGAAGGUAUGUCAUCUUCCAUUUGGGCUCUUUUAACUUGCACUUUUCAUCAAUGUCCUUUUUGUAUCGGCCCAACUUGGUGUUAGCGAUACCUUGCGAGAAAAAUAUUCAUUCUGUAGGGGACGAGUCCACUCGUGAUAAGAACUGAGAUUCGAGAAUGAUAUAACGCGAUUACUAGGUAUACUUUCAAACAAAAAAACAUAGCUAUUCACUUGCGGUUCGACGGUUAGUCACUCUGGAUCCAGUUUGCCAGCAAGGAUGAUAUACACCAGACAUGCACACGUGGCGAUCUGCGGCAGCGAAUCUUGUAAGCGUAACCGCCGUUUCCAAUAAAGACAGAAUACGGAGAGCUCGGUAACCACCUCGAGCUCUUGACUGAUCGUGUCCCGCUAGACUUCAGACGGCCUCUUCCGCCCCCUUUGGUACGUCAAUGAAUCUAGGGCAUCAGCACCCAUCGGAGCCUGGCACCAAAACGUUCAGGCCGUCCUUUUGUGGCUAGAGUUAUCUCGUACCAAGUGUUGGCUCAUCUGUGUACCUUACUCGGAUCUUCGGUUCACUGCCAUGCAUUGAGACAUGUUGCGAUUAACAGUCCUAAACGAAUGACCGUUACGUGCUAGUCAUUAUAUUAAAGAAAGUAUAAUCAAGCAUCUAUAGGCACCUUCAAAAUCUGAAAAAUGUAAAUAGCAUCUCUGCCAUUCAUGUCCCCAUGAUCGACCUCCAUUAUGCUUGAUUCAACCGAAUGCUGGGAGUUAGGACAGAUUACCCUGCGACAUUGCCGGACAAAGUUAAGCCAGCAGAGUUUACGCCGUUAAGCUUCCACCUUGUCCGUCCACGUCUUUGGUUAGCUGCCCAGAAGUCGCCAGCCAGGGUGGGAAGAGAUCUCGGACUUCAUUUUCAAGUUGGUACACCUCAUAGCUGAGACAUCUUAGUCAGCACAGCGCAACCCUUGUUUCCCUGACCGAAUAUUUUUUCCCAAACGCAGCCGCCACGACUGUUCAGAAAGUAGAGCGCAGAAAACUCAUCACAGCCGUACUAACAAACCUCUCAGUGUUUACAUUACUGUUGAGGUGUCUGCGUCCUGGGCGCAUCGGAAUUCCUUUUCGUGCCAUUCCCACCCUUUUCAACGAAAGUUCACACUGGGACACGCUUGUUUCUUGUCGGCACCGGGGCGCCGGGACCAGGCAUGAUCACAGCUGUAUUAAGCACAAGUUCGGUACCAACUGGCCCUGCCAUAUCUGUAUCUGAUUGUUCAUUCGAAUUAACAGCAAAAAGUUGCGGGCGGUGCACACUCCAGAAGGGCAAGCUUAGAAGACCGGCUUUUGCCGUGUUUACAAAUCUGCUUUUUUGUUCUCGUUUACCUGUCUUAGUAACUUAACGCCUGUUAGGCGGUGUUAGAGCAGUCGAGGACGGUCUGCUGAAAUCCGGGUGCAUGCUCAGUGCCGUAACAAUCACGAAAAUCCGCUAGCCGAGUCCAGCUAGUGGCGUAGUUAAAAAGGCUCAGUAAGAAGUGUUUAUUUCAAUUACUGCUGCGCGCAGUAAACGUUUUGUGGCGGACAGCGAUUCUUUGCUAGUCCACCGCCUGACCGUAUUAUUCGCCAGAUACAUCUGACGAACGAAAUUAAACGCAGCGGCGGAGUCAGUAAAGCAGACCGUUGUUGACUGACAGUUGUUGUGAUGCAAUUCAACAAGGCGACCCAGCGCAUUCUCGUCUAGCUGGGCAACCAUUUUCGUCGAAUUCCUCUUGUACUAUGGAACACAUCAAACGAUAGCAAGUGUUGCAGCAUCGCUGGAAGAACGCUUGCGUCUAGUUUUGUCGAAAAAACUCAGUCAUCAAUUACUACUUAGUCCCGCUCACAUAGGUCGUAGAGCCUGGGUUGCGUACACUGCCAUGCUUAACUGCGGUCCCAUCAGUCGAUUAACAGUUGGUCGGCAUGCGGGGAAAAAUUUCGAACGAGAACAAAAUAAGGCCAUCAUUCAGUGCGCAUGUUUUAUGUCAGUUUUAAGUUUCAUUUCGUAGUGAAGUACUUCAAACCGGUAUUUCGUGUGAAAUGGUAAAUCACAUUUGAAAACGUUCGUUACCGAAAUGUGAGCCGCGUCUUCUAAAUAUCCUCGCAUUUUAGUCUAGAGGAGAACACUCCCAUAUAAUAUACUACUUUGGAUUCACAAAGCCUAGCAAGUGAAGCCACAUGCCGCAAUGAAGACCACCAACUGUCCUGCUUCUCUCAACAACAUGGAUUUAACAAAAACAGUACUUUGAGAGUGAUCUCCCGCUAAAUAGCUCGGCCGUGCUUGCCUGCAUAUCCUGGUGUCUUCCACCGACUGACAUUUUGUCUGGUUUUUUUUUCUAACUGGACCAUCGGAUUUUAAUGCUUCGCCCCCUACAGCUUGGCCACCUACUGAAUAACUAGGACACACUAAUCCGAAUGACAACAACUAGUUAAGAUGUUAGCUUAACGCCACACGCAGUGUAGUGUCGCUUGUGACAGCAGGGUUCGUAUAGAUCUGAAAUGGUAUGCACUUCUCAGGUCCAGUUAGCUUGGAGACAGUCUGUUUCUUGGUUAAUGUUAUACCUCUGGUGUCUUUUUUGUUCUGUCUUUCAGAAUUUCUAGUGUGAAUGAGCGGACCAGAAUUCAAGAGCGCAUUGUCAACUGACCGGUCAGUAGGUCUGACGAUUCGAGCCUGCAAAUACAGUCAGAUUUCAGUGUAAAAUACCUCGCUUAUAUACAACCAGGAAAUGAUUGCCGAGUACCUUACCCCUGUCUAUCCAGUUCUAACCUUGUACACUGACGACCUUGGGCGUAUUUCCCCUUAGCAGGGGUGUUCACAACACCGUUAAAACGCACGUGCGUUGUCAGAUUUUCUCGUGAGCCCUCUUUAGUGACAAUCAAUGGAACGAGCGAGGAAGCCGGGAACGCUCUUCCGGCAACCUUUGUAUGAACUUCCUCCUUAGAAGCAAUGGUGGGUAGACGGAACCAUAGAUGCAGCUUGUGCUAUCACACGUUAUUUGCCUCAAAAGAGUGCGCUGGGUUUGGACUCGACUCUGGUCGUUUAAAUAUAUUCUAUUUCAAACUCACAACCAAACACCAUACAAUUUACCAGCCACAGCCGGCAAUGAAAAUAGGUGACGAAUGUGCAACACGGUAGUGAUUAAUUGCACCACAUUUUCCGGGCUCGUGCAGAACAUCUUUUGUGGGCCAUGCCCAAGACAUAAAGUAAAUGUUCAAACAUGCCGCUAAAAUGGACUGCAGCAUUGCAUUUGAGCAGACAGGUUUAUGAAACUUGUCAGCCACCGCCAAAACCUCAUCUCAAGUCUGCUUAACUCGGAGUUACCAUUCGUACAUGAUUGUGGUUGUGAGGAGAGCGAGGGCGGUUUGACACCGACCCAGUGGACACCCUGUAUUAGCAUCUGACACUGGCAGUUAUGACUCAAAGAACUGUCAAACGCUGGAUUAACUGUCCUACAGAGGUUCCGACUGCCUAUGUGAGAUCGGGGAGUAAGGCUUGGUUCGUGCGUGACAUGUACAGACCUGGAUUCAGCCCCUAUGCUAAUGCCGAGCAUCAAUUUUCUCUGUCUUUUAUGGUAUUUGAGAAGGGGGAUGGAGUAGAUUCUGCGAGGGCGAAUUCGCUCCAGUCACCGCUGCGCCCUCAGCAGAUUGGUUUUAUUGGUUAUGGAUAGGCUGCUCUCUCUUUCCAUCAGGUUCGGUUUUUAUGCCCAUUUUCUCAGAAACUACUGUACAUAUGUGCCCGAUUGCGUCAGUGGCGGCAGCAUUCGCCUGGCCCACUCACCGAUGACGUUUUCCGCAUUCAUCGCUGUAAAACUUUGCAUUUUUAUACUUUUCUGGAUAUUAGUAGGAAGCUCACGGACGAGAGCCCUCUUUCCCAAAUAAAGUGAACUGAAGUGACUAAUACUGGUUUUCGACAAAGUGGGUCCUCUCAAUCGUGUUAGCAGCAGCACCAUAUUCCCACAUCCCGUCCUGUUGGUCUCAAAAACACCUCCAGAACUAGCAUGAUGUUUCCUGUCCUCAUUGUGCUAGUUGGCGUCGAAAUUGUGUCAUUUUACACCAGAACUGCCAGCAUUUAAGUUGAAUCUCCUCGGCCUUAAUUUGGUCUCUCUCACUCUGGAACCUCUCCCGUGCGGCUUGGCACGCGCAUUGUUAAUAAUCACGGUUGGAUAACUGAAUACGCAUACAGGACUUGUACCCUCGAAAAUACUCUUAAGCCGAUGCUGUAUUACUACCUCACCUUUUAUUUGCCAGCCUCAAAUUCGAAACUGUUCGCUAGCAUUUAUUCCAGCCAAAAGCAUGGACUGUGUUCACCCUUAUCCGUGCGUGCUUUGCAUGCGGGAACGUGUGCGGUUUGUUUGUUCUUGCAAAUGGUUUUCAGUUAACUAUAUGUUGCUUACCGUUGGGUUGACAAAGAGAUCAUUAUAGAUGGUGAUGCUGUAGCCUACGUUUGCGACACUAAAGCAUACCUCUUCCCGUAGUAAAUCUUAAGUCUCAGGAGAAUCCCGUCUUGGUGUUUUCUGUUUUGUAUGAUUAAGGGCAGUUCUUGUCAAGGUGAUUGAAGUUGUGUAUCUCCGGAUUCUGGUUUGAACGUUUAAUAAAAUGCGAAACUUGAGCCACACAAACUGGUGAUUAGUGCUAACAGACUGCUACUUUGCAGUACAUUGCGCCUAGAUUUCAUUUUUUUACCUGCAUCCGUUUUCAGCCUGCUUGUGUCCCAUAAGCCUCAGAACUCAUCGAAAUCCCCAUUACCUCUAUUUUUAUGAAGAAGUCUUUAGAAUAAAUGCCACUUUGGACUUGUUUUACCCACUUGGCCUGACUGUCCGACUAAAAGGGCGGUAGCCUAGCCCCAUUGCAUUGUGUCGGCACUCACUCUAAGUUUGUUGUGGGUUGCCAAUUUAUUAACUUCCAAAUCUUAAGGCUAUUAACAGUAUUUUGUAGCCUGCUCUCAGCAGCCUUACAUUGAGGCAUUUUUUAAGUGAUCACUGAUCACAGUCAUCCCAUUGUUCCUAUUUGCCUGGCGAAACAAAGGUCAGGGCUAACUGUUCAAUCUCGCUAGCGUGCCUUUGGUAUCAGUUUUACCCUGUGUUGGGCUGAGAGAAGCAUCUACUGGCCACCGCUUUCCCAACUUCAUUUGUUUGUAUUUGAAUAAACUCGCAAUUUACACGUUUGGUGUGUAUAUGGUCACUAUGGACUUUAUAACUGCGCUGUCGUAACUUUGACUCCUUCGCCAUAGGCGAGCCCUACUUCACACUCAAAAAUUCCUGCCUCAAAUCGCAGAAUUCCGUGGGACUGUGUAUUUAAAACGGAACCCCACUCCCAAAGCCUUGAUAGCCAGCCAUACCUGACUGUAGAAUUGAGGUAUCAGGAACUUGUCAGUUGCAACAGGUUCUCCACACCCCUCUUGGUCGCCUGUCGGCGAUGUCCAUUUUCAUUUAUACGCUUAAGUAUAAAGACUCCUGGGUCGAACCUCCCGACCUCUUUUUCAAUCCGCUCCGUUUCUCGAUACCUGGAUGGCCUUGCCAUGGCGUUGAACUUGCACACUUCCUGAUCUUCACCGUCUUGUCUCCUCUAGCCUCCGAAGCUAACGAGCUAUCCGCAGACACUGACACAAUCAAUGAGAACAAUGGGUAAGAAACCACCCACUGGUGUCAUCUUCAGUAUUUUUCAAUUCUGGUUUGGCUUUUAUUGCGCCGCCAGCCUUUCAAUUGUCUAAGACCCUAGGUGUGACGCGCAGCACCCAUUUUUGUAGCCAAUUAUCCCCUCCUCCCAUGGGACCCCGUACGUUUGCGGGCAAUAACUCAUUGAGGUAUUCUCCAUAGGUGAAUAGAUAGUCUUGGCAGUCGACUCCAUGGACUGCCUUGGUCUUCAUCGAUUGUUGCAUGGACAACCUUUUUACGUUCAGAUGGUAGUCAGCGAACUGUUUCAUCGCAAAUGAAAAGUAGGACAUUGCUCCGGUCAAUGCUUAUACUGUUUGUUUGCUGGCAGACACGCUUCCCUCUUCAAACUCACCACAGGCCUCACUAAUCUGUUUUUAUGCAAGCGGCACCUUGUUGCGCUCCUCUAGCGGAGGCACUGGCGUUGUCCAUAGGAUCAAUCCAUCGUUUACGAUGUUGCUUCGGUUUUUUAAAGUCACUUCGGCCUCUACUUUCGUCCGAUGGGGUGGCCUCUGUAGUUAUGCCAGCAAGCGUCGGCUACUGUACAUCGCUUGUCUGCGCAGGUUCACUUCACACAGCAUUUCUGUUAGCUGUCUUCACAUUGACGUUUUUUACCCAACUCUAUUGACAGAAGCGUGCCGCCAGAAACCCAAGACUAACCUUGCUGAUUGCGUCCCCAGAAUGAAUUCCAAAAUUCAAAAGAGUGAAUGGGCAAAAUCACUGAUUGUUUAGACUGUUUUGAUCACAUCGCCGUGUCUUGAAACACUUGGCUACGUUUUCAUUCUUCAUCUAGCCACCUUUCCUGAAAACAGUUUUAAUGGAUGUUGCUGUCCCGCAAAUUAAGGCUUGGCCACCCAUAUUUCUUGUUUUUUGCUGUUCAUCUCGUCCUUUUGUCUCACACGCUGUAUGAGAUAGUCCUAUUUUGUAGCUUCAAAUAUCAAGUUACAUUCCCCCCAUUGAUUAGCCAUUUCCACGGAAAUGACUCAUAUCAGUUCUGUCCGCUGAGGUCGCCCUCGACCACACCCCUUGGCACGCCAUGCGGCAAUUCCCGCGGCUAGUUAAGUAUAGGUCUUAAAUCCAUAGUUCGAUCCAUUUUCACGAGACGGUUCGUGAUACUCCGUCUGGGUUCUUUUACGAUUUAUAUGGUAAUACCUCGUUGGCCUAGAUGAUAGCUGUUGCCAUGAUUGUCUUGCCUAUUUUCGAAGGCAGUACUAGAUGUUGAGGAUGUUCGCACAUCGAUUUUAGAUCCUGUCGGUGAGGAGUUCAUCAUCUGGCAAAUUGCUGUCUAAACAUACUCUCUGUGUUUGACAUAGUUAGACCCAGAACACCUGACGUUUCCGUUUCAUUGGUCUUUCGCCAUAAGCUUCUCGUCCAUAGUGGUCAAUCCUCUUCUGGGGUGCAGCGGUCUGAGCGAGAUAUUUUGCGCUGAAUGUCCCCUUCUAGGAUUCCAAACCACAGUCCCCAAUCUAUGUUAAUGUCUCACCUCUCUCCCCUCUGACAAAACAGACAUGAUAUGGAGGCGGCAAAGCGAGCACGAAAUGAGGAGAACAUCAACGAUACCACUGUUAAGGUUAAAACCGAGACAAGUGUAGGCACAAACUCCUCGCCAGCGGCGGCGGCGGGGGCGGCAACGACUACUGAACCCGUGAACAAGCAAAAAGAGGAUACAGCCACUAAACUCGCUACACCGACGUCCUCUACAGUCUCUACAAACAGGGGCGAUAGUACAGGCAGCUCCGGAAGGGGUGGACAGACCAGUGGGAAUCGCUACAACCCCAGGAAUCGAGGAUACAGAAAUCAACAGCAGCAACACAAUCGAAACCAGCAGAUGCAAGUAAGUCGACGAGGCACUGCGGGGCGCUCCCGACUACGCUUGCGGAAGGUCACUGAUUAAUAAUGUGUCCGUUUUGAGUGAACUCAGACGCUCUUGACAUCUCAGCCUAGAUUUCCCCGAGUAUGACUGCAAGACUACCGCUAGCGGUAAUUCUCGCAGAAACUGGUACUUUGCGAGUUCCAUGCGUCCCCACGGUGCUUGGUUCCACUGGUAUCCUUGACCGUUUGAAUUUAUUACUCAUGAAAUGCCCCCGCGAGCAAUCAUGACCUAUGUCUUAUUUCCCGAUGUUUAUGCUAUCUUAUCGCCUCAUUGCAGUGUGCUCACUGUUGAGACGUCGCAACGCCUUGCAGUUGCUACUUAAAAUAAUCACAUAAAUAUUCAAUUUGUAAAGCUACUCGGCGCAAAAUCUGAUGAAGCAGGCUGCAGUGGGAUCGAGUAAUUGGCUGAAAGUGACUCUUCCAUACCUUUGACGCCAAUUCAUUAGGCUCUAUCGUUUUGUCAGGGUUCUCUGUCUGCGUAGCCUCCCCUCACCAUCAGUCCGGACCACACAUCAGCUCCUAGCAAAUUUCAUCGUCCCCUACGUGUUCAGCUUUUUUGCAUAUUUAAGAAACGCCUUGUUUGUUGAGACACCAACAUCUUUUUCGGCCUUUUCAUGGAUUGCCCCUAUUCAUCUUAAGUAUCACCGUCUCAACCCUCCCCACUCCGGGUCAUCGUGUCCUCAUCAUUAGCCAGUCUCAACCUCUGUCACCAAGUUUCGAAGUGGGUCUUAAUAUAAACCUCGUGACCGUCGGUAGUACACAAUCGAAGCCCUCUGAAGUUAUUUCCUCCCCCAUUUUGUCCAGGCUGCUGUAGGUGUAGAUCGGACCUCAGCCUUUGCUGUUUACCAUGUCUAGGUUUCUCGAGAAAACUAACGCACUGCCAACCGCAGCUGGUCGUUAUCAAAACGUUUCCUUGGUUUGAUACCGUGCGGCCAAAUCAGUCUUGUCUCUGGCCAGGUUUAACGAGUUCCUAUAUUAAAUAGGAUUUCUCGAUUUUUUUCAGCGUUUCGAUGGUAAUACACCAGUAAGACAACAGCAAGGCGCCCGCCUGUCUCCGUCUCGCCGACGCGGAACUGACAAUGUGAGUUCAUAUUGUGUGGCAUGUAGGGGUUACUUGGGAGGAAACUGUAGUUAUCCUACACAAAUAACAAUCCAAGAAGACUCCACUGCGCCACUUUAUUGAACAGAUGUCCGAAGAUGUGGGUCUGACUUUUUCCCUGUUGUGUCCGUCCGGGUGAAGAGAGAUUGCGGUCCACGAAAUAUCAGUCAAGGGCACAUUUGCGUCGGGAAGUCGGUUAGGAAUGUCAGUCAACGCCCAGGUUUGGUCCCGGUUAUUCGCUGUUUGCUGACUGGGCUAAAGUUGAGCUGCCACUGAGAAACAGUCCACGGUGAAAUUUUCUUAGGGGCAUGAUAACACGUUGAGUGGCCAGAGAGGAUCCUCCGAGAUGGUUGUGGAACUAACGUUGAAAAAGCCGUCCGGUCGAUAGUUCUUGAGCUUUUAUGUUUCACACACUUUUAGAUGGGUUGGGAAAGUUGUUUUGGGAAGAUUCGAAGUACCCCCUAGUACCUACUUUGAUAGUUUUGUAAGGCCGUUGAGAAGGCGUGCGUAUUUCAACCCGACGUCCUAACGCAUUGUGAAACCUGGGUAAGCUGUUAAAGUUAUGCUUUCCGAAGUCUGAAGUUCACAUCAGUUUAAAUGGUACUUGUCAAUCGGCCGAAUUAGUCAGAAUACUUUAGUGUCUUGGUUAUCACUACGAAGAAGCACGUGAGGAUUAAUCAGGAUAAACGACGGUGAUUGUCAAAUCCUUGACUCAGCAGUCGGGUCAUUAUAAUGUGUGUGGAUUUCCACCGAGGUACCGAUUGCCUGGCCCGAAGUGUUCGCACGAUAUCGGGACAAAUUUUUCCGAUAAAUUAAAUAACUUGUAGAAAAGUGGCAAAGACGCUUACCCUUUUUCCGGGACUUAGUUAUGUUCGUUAAGACCAGGCCACCUGACUCUUUCAUGCCGUUUCCCGUUUCUGUGGUUGUGUCAUAAGUAUCGGUGGACGCUCCACGUCAGUUUUUCCUGGCUGUAUAUUUUUGCUGAUGAACGGACUUCAGGGGAUUUUUUCUGAUGACGGCGUGCUUUGUAGUGUUCAGACGGAUAAGGGCGUUGCGGAGGAUGUUUUGGUGUGCUUAUUCUCCCGUUGAUAGUGCCUAAGUCCUCCCAAAGUGUGUUGCUGACAGUGUCCGGUCGGCCCCUCCUUUUGGCUUGUGAUGUUCAUUUUCCCCGUCACUUUCGUCUAGCUGAUGCCUCAAUCUUCGUCAUUAUUUCUUUAACUCCAAAUCCAUUCACAUCAUCCUGCUUCUUAUGACAGCUUUCACUACUGUGCGCACGCGUUAAACCAUUUGAAGUUAAGUGAUUGUCAGAGCUUCAUCGCAUCGCUUGAUCGCAUUGACGUGUAUGUCUGAUGCAAAAAGUUGACUGUGUACCGGACUUUCAUGGGAUUCAUUUCCGACGAACACUUAUUAUUAUGGUGCCUCGUAUUGUAUAAGUUCGUUCAAGAGAAGCUUUAUUCUGUUUGUCUCGCACAUUAGCAGCGUGAGAUUUCUCCGCCUCGUCGUCAAAGCGGGGGCGCCUUGCGCUCGGGCAUGCAUCAGGAAAGCCAGCUUCAGAUGGCCGCCCGCCUACUGAGUCCCGGCCUGGCAAUGCGCCAGGGCGGCCAGUCGCUAGCCAAUUCUAUGACCCUCAUCGGUGGCGGCGGUGGCCAGUCAAGCCCCGGAAACGCCUUCCGGAUGCCCUUGCCACAACGCCUCAGCGGCAGUGGUCAGCAGGGCCAAUCCCCUAAUCAGAUGAUGUCCGCCCAGUUGGGCGGCGGCGGCUUUGGUGGCAUGUCCCAGCAGCAAUCCUUCGGCAGUAGUGGUGGUGGAAAUGGUGGUGGUAACAGCGCAUGGCCCAUGCUCUCAAGUGCAGCAGCUCAGGGCCUGCGACUGGCUGGACUUCAACACCCGCAACAACAACAAUGCAGGUAAGAUCCUGUGUGACCCAUCUUGGUUGGUCUCUGUGCGUGUGUCUGACUGUUGAUUUUGUUAUUUACCGUUUAUCUUUGUAGAAUGUGUGGAGCACAGAAUCCCAUGAAUAUUAUGUUCUGCAGGAAUUGUCGAUCACCGAACCGUUGA